UCGAGUGCAUGACGGAACCUGUAUGAGAAAAAGAGACAAGUAAAACGUGUUCUACAUCUGUGUAAUGUACGUAUCUAAAUAUGUCAAACGCCAAACCAAUGUUUUCAUUUUAACUUUUAAAUAUAACACUGCGGUAAACUGUGGUCAGCUGAGUACAAAAUAGUGCUUUUAUGUACAGAAAUUAACGCCUGUAAGAAACGAAACAUAAGUGGCACACGUAUUGAUUUUUGGCGUAAAAUGUUAAUUGAAUUAAAAUAAGUGAUCUAGUGUUUUCAUGAGACAACUGCUACGUUGAAAUUAUAAGUUAUGAAAUGUGUUAAUUGUAUUGGUAAAAUGGAAUAUGGAGUGGAAGAAGGGCAAGUACCGAGUGAAUUUAUUGAAUAUGACUUCGCUGAAGAUGCCCUGGAUUUUGAGUGCCAACUGGCGGAGGCGCGGGACGUGAAGUUUACACAGACCUUGUCCGAGCCCUUGAACAUAGGAGCGCACAUCAUUUGCACUGGAACGCCGAGCGAAGAUUUACCAUGGUUUGCUUUAAAUAUAGGAAGUGGCGAUGUGGAUUCCGGCCGGGCCGACAUCGCUGUGCAUUUCAACGUGCGCAUGCCUCAAUGCUACGUUGUGCGGAACACGCGACGCCAUGGAAAAUGGGGAUCUGAAGAAACUACGGCUUAUAGAUUGUUUCCAUUCAAAUUGGACCGUCCUUUUACAAUAGAAGUGCUCGUGGAUGAAAAAGAGACGUUAUUCGCAGUAGAUGGCGAACACUAUUGCAACUAUACUCAUAGGAAUCCCAGUCCCACAUCAGCCGCUUGGGUGCAAGUUGCAGGCAUUAAAAAUGCAACAUUAAACAUUCAGAAGACAUCCAUAUACCCAGUUUUGUCACCGCCAAUACAGGAAGUACCCUUACGAGCAAGCAUAUACAACCCCGAGGGUGAAAAGGUCCAUUGGCGGCCUAACGUAAUAGCUAGGUUGACCAAUGGACUGCCUGAAGGGUACCAAGUAGUUAUUUAUGGAAAACUCCGGCCAAUGCUGCAUUCAUUUGCUAUCGACUUGAUGGACGAGCCCCGCGAGUGGCCGCGACCCAACAUCCACGUGCACGCGAACGUGCGCGCGCACGUCGAGUCGCAGAGGGAACGACAACUAGUCGUGCUCAACACUUGGUUCGGAGGGUGGGGAUUGGAAAGACGGCAGCGGACCGCGAGACUCAUACCUGGGACUUAUACAACUUUUCGAAUAGUACGCGGUCCAACAGACUGGUUGGUGUUCGCUGAUGACGUACUUAUAGGAGAGUUGGAAUCGCGAGCGUCUGGCGAUGGAGUAAAAGCCGUGCGACUUAGGGGUGACCUUUUCCCCGAAGAUAUAUUCAUCUGUCCGUCAACAAGCUCGCCUAUUGGGGAAAACAGUUAAAUACCAAAUAAUUUUCAUGACUACCAACUGAAUUCUUAAAUUGCUGCCAAAUACUUACAAUAUCUAUGAUAUGGAGUUUCGAAAAAUGUGUUAUUGCUUAAAUUAUUAAUUAUUAUGUGGUAUAUCUCCUCAAUGUUGUUGAAUGGCGCUGGCGACCUAUUAUUUGUCUGACUAGUAUAUGUUAUUAUUAACAUAGUUUUAUAGAGGUACUAUGAUAUUUCUAAAAAUAUGAUAUUCUUAUUUAUUAUACAACGUAUAUACAUACGUGCAGCGUGUGAAAAAUAUCUUUGAUCUCUUUAGGUUUUACAUGCAAACAAUAUAAUGAAAUCUCAAAUUUGUCUGCUGCAUGUAAAUUUCUUAAAAAUAAAUAGUUGAUAUUACGUCGGUCAAUUUAUAGACACGAAAAGACAUAAUUAUUGUUACGUUCUAGUUUUAUGUCUUCAUGUUUGUGAGCACCUAAUAUAUUUGAUUUGACGCCAUUUUUAAUGAAUUGAGUUACUUGUAACUAAAGACUAUGAUAUCGAAUAUUAUAAUAUUGUUUUGAAUAAGACUGUGUGAGACCUUUUUUAGGACUUUAUAUUAUUUUAAACCCUGUAGAUACCUAAUAAUUUGCUGAAACGCAUUCAAUGCAAUAGCAAUGUUAUUUGCAAUAAUAAGUGUUGUUUGCAAUAAGUGUUAAGUUUUAAAAGUAAGUAGUUAUGUGCCUUUAACAAAGUAGCUUUUAUUCUUGUAUUAUGGCAAAAUGUACAUAAAUUAUGAGCAUUUAACUAAAAAUAUUUUCACUUGAAAAGAUAGCUUUAUGUAGGUACAAAAUAUAGUAUUCUAAUGUUACUUACUGCAAUCCGUUGUCUGUGUUAUAUAUAAAUCGAAUACUAAAUAUUUAUAGCAGUUUGCAUAUAGUUUAUAUGGUCUAUGUGUAAUUAAACGAAUAACAAAUGAA